CGGUGUUGGCAGAACUGGCACAUUUAUCCUCAUAGACAGCGCAAUCUCUCAAUCUGAGGCAGAAGGGGAAGUGGACUGUUUGAGACAGCUUCAUUCCAUGCGGCACAGCAGGAUGAACAUGGUGGAAACUCAGGAGCAGUACAUCGCCGCGCACAAGGUAUUGGUUAACAUGGCUUGUUCAAAGAGCAGAAAGUUGGCAAUCGAGGAGUUCUUGAAAUUGUACCAAAACUUGAAAGCGACACAUCCAGCCACUGGGAAAUCUCCGAUGUGCAAGGAAUUUGAGGAAUUGAGCCGAAUGCGCCCACACCCCGACGCCUCGGAAUACAAAGGCGCAAGGGACGAGCGCAAUGCCGGCAAGAACAGAUCGCAGAAGAUAUUGGCUGCCGACAGCAAGAGGCCUCUACUGAAUGUGACAAUGGACCACAGCAAGACGGAUUACAUCAACGCCGUGUAUGUCGAUGGUUUUAGGAAACCCAACGCCUUUCUCGUAACACAGAUGCCUUUGUGCGAGACGAUGGACGACUUCUGGGAAAUGGUGGCCUCCUCUGGCUCUAAAACAGUGGUUACAUUGGGACCGCUGCCAGACCAGACAACCCCGAUGUUUUGGCCAGAUCUCAACAGCACUUCCAAGCAUGGGAAAAUUACAGUAGAACACCGAGAGAGCACAGGGUUUCCAGGCUUGGUAGUGCGCAGCUUCAACAUCUGUCAAGGCAAGAAUCCGUCGCGGAUGUUGAAGCAGUUCCAUUGUCCCACAUGGAGGCGUCUUGAAAGGGUUCCUGGCUCGCAUGACAUCGUGUUGGACAUGCUUCGCCGCGUGGACACGUGGCAAAUGCUUGCCGAGGGGGCACCUGUCAUUGUUCAAUGCCUUGGAGGUGCCGAGGCGUGUGGGGAACGUCGGGUCUGUGAUGAGAGUGAAGCCGAGAUCGUGGGAGUCUUGCCAAAGGUUACGGCCCGCAGCGGAGCAGUGUUUGUAGCCCCAACCUGUGUGCGGCAGGUUGAAGUCGCCGCCGAUGACGAGGGGGCUGCCGCCUGCGGCGUUCAGGGCCUUUUUAAAGAGCGUUAG